AUGAUCAGUGCGUGCCCGGAUCCUUCACAGUACCGGAGAACACAGAGCUCGAUCGGCGCCGGGACCAAGAAGAUGACCUUGGCGCGCGUCGUUAGGAUCUCGGUGGUCCUCGUGUUGCCGUCGUUGCUGCUGCUCGUCGCGGAUGAAUCGCGGGCGCAGGCUUAUCCCCGCGAGAUCAAGCCAGGAUGCAGAUAUCAGGGUCGCCGAUAUCAGGAAGGGACGGCUGUGGAUACGUCCGAGCCCUGUCUACGGUGCCGAUGCAUCGAAGGCGCAUUGAGAUGCCGGCUACGAGUGUGCCCGCGAUUGCCGAAUCCACCACCGACGGGCUGUCACGUACGUUCACCAACCGAGGAUGCGUGUUGCACGGAGCUGGUAUGCGGCGAGCAACACGAUGUCGAGAAUAUGUUGCGGAGAGCCAAUAUACCAACAAACAUAGAAGCUGAGAAGCAUGCUCAACCUCACGAAGGAUGUCUGCACGAGGGCGUUCAAUACGGCUCGGGAUCGGCGAUGAUGGGCUCGCGACGAUGCGAGUAUUGUUACUGCAUAUCCGGCUCGAGGAGAUGCGUCCGUCCCAAGUGUCUGCUGCCACUGCCCGGAUGUAUGCCGCUGUACGCGCCCCAUUCNUGCUGUCCGGUCGCCUAUAACUGCACUCACCACCAUCCGUCCACAAUGGAGCCGCUAUCGGGAAACGGAUGUCGCGUGGGCGAUCGCGCUUAUGCCGAGGGCGAGAUGGUCCGCGACAUCGAGUGGAAGGCCACAUGCGACAAUUGUUUCUGCGCGAUGGGCGCCAUACGGUGCGUUCCGCUUGCGUGCGCGCCACCACUUCAAGGCUGCAGCCCGAUCGUGCGGGAAGGACAAUGCUGCCCGUCCACCUACAACUGCAGCGGCAACAUCGAAGUAAAGGCCACCCAAAACUACGCAUCCUACGCCUUUAUCAGCAAGGACUACGCCAAAUUUCGCAAGGAGACCAACUUUUUCCCUGCGAUUGAUCAAUCCACGAAUCUGCCCGUUGAAGGACGAGGUCACAGAGUGGUCGAUGAACGGAUUAGCACUAGUACGAUCGAUCUCGAGGAGGACUCGUUUGUCACCACUUAUUCUACUGCUUGGCCCUCAACCAUGGAGACCGACAUCAUGGACAAUGAAAUCUUGAUAGGGACGAUGGAAUACAAAUCGACCUUGGAAGUGACAACCACGGCGACUUCGACAAACGAGUUAUCGAGUAACACUGAAUCAACAACAGCAUUCGAGUCGACGCUGGCAUCCACUAAAGACGCUGAUUCCGUCGCUAAUUCCUGCACGACGUGUUCUACGAACACGUUUACGGAUUCCACGAUCGCGUCGACGGAGGAUCCAUCCAGCACGGAUGGCUCGACGAUCUCAUCACCGGAAUGGGCGACGGAAUUAUUGCUCGGUAAUGGAAACGAUGAAAACGAAGAUACCGAUGGGAACGAAAAUAAAAACGCGAGAGAAAACGAGGAGCGGAACGAGGACAAGACUACCAAGGCGGGGACGAAAAUGGGGGAGAAAGUGGAUAUAAUUGAGAAAAACAAAGCUACGACGCAUCCUUCCGCGAUUUCCACGGAUGUAGGGAAUGUGCUUAUCCCAGACGAGAAAUUAUCCGGGAACUCUACGCUCGUUAAGAGAACGGAGGCCGUUGAUAAGAGACCCGUCAACAGUCCAUCGUCGACGAUACUCAUGCCAGACGACAUUCUCGUGAUGAACGUGACAGUCAAGACGAAUGUCUCGGUGAGUCAUAUACAAGGUGUCACGAUAAAUCCAAUUAGAUCCAUCCCGCCGGACGUUGAGGCCAUUCUGAACAUCACUCAUCGAGAAAAGGGCGAGGAUUAUGAUUACGACUACAGCGAGCAGACUUUGCCGCCAUCAUUGCCAAACGUCAGGAUAAUACCCUUCGUGGCGGCAGACGCAUUAGUGAAAAGCAAGGACGUACCUUUGCUUGAGACUGGAUAUCCGCCUGGUUCAGUAAUGGUGUCCCCUGAGCUACGACCGACCGACACUUCCGGUUUUUACGACAUCGCAACCCAGGAGAACCGAUUUAGCCCACCGGUAGAGACCGAAGGUGGUUUUGUGCCUAGAGAGCCGCCGUAUUUCGAUGUUCCCUACCGUUCCACAGACUUAAAUCUUGAAAUUGGUACUGGAGUUACGGUGGUUCCAGUUCAGAUUACGAAGCCAUAUCGAAAAGACCAUGACUUGUCUAGUGAAUGUCAUUUCGAAAAUAUGGAAUACCGUCACGGUGAAAUCUUGCCACGGACUGCUCUCUGCAUAAUUUGCAUGUGUUAUUACGGGGAAGUCGUAUGUUCCUCAGAGAAAUGUCCCCCAUUGAAAAUUAGUUGUCAUAGGAUCAAGUCCGAGAAGACGUGUUGCGGAAAAAUUAUUUGUGUUGAAGACGGCGAAUCGCCAACGGUGGUGCUCGAUCGUGCCGAUGCCACGGCGCUUUCUCAACGACAGUCCACAGUGUCUCCGGAUCCCUUUCGCGAUGUCAUCAAGACCGAGCCAGCCCCCGACUUACCUUCCCUAAUCGAAGACAUGAUCCCCUACCUGGUUGAACGCGGCAUCACAACGCCCAGGCCGACGUCUAUGACGGCGUCGGUCCAGAACUUGGCGGAUCGAUUGCAACACCCGCCGAACUUUGACUUUACGGAGCAAGUGUCGCUUAUACGGCCGCCCUUCGAUUACACGGAGGAAACGGUCGAUUCCUCUUUCUUGUCAAAAACAAAGUACGGAGCGAAUCGUAAAGUACCUUCAAAGGAUAUCGUCUCGUUAACGUACGAUUCCAAGAAUCACAUCAUGGAUCUUAAGCCCGUCGAAAAUCCCGUAGCAGGAAUCUUCGGCUACGAUAGAACGCACUUGACCAAGUUAAAUCGCACGAACAACGAUUCGAAGAACGAUUUCCGUCGGAGUAACAUCACGGAGCAGAAGUUCGUGAAACAAAAUGUAACCAACAUCGACGAUAGAAACUUCACCAGCAAAGUGAACAAUCAUACCACGAAGUACGACAAUCAUACCGAAUCGGGUAAUACGCUGAACGAAGACGAGAGGACCACCGAGGACACUAUCUUUUCAUUGGAUAGUAUCCUUGAGCUGCUAUUCUCCUCAAAUAGCAGUUCUAGCAACAAGCUGCUCAAAACCACGAAGACGCCACAUGUUUCCUCCGUGGGUGGUGAACGAGAGGAUCAGGAGGAGACUCUUGUUGCUUCAUCGACGAGUGCGGAGAGGUUAACCGAGGAGACGGAAACCGUCGAGACGUCCUCGAAAGUCCUCGACAACGAGAUACCAAUGUCCGUGGGCAGUUUGCUGAAGCUGGCGGGCUGCAAUAUAUACGGCCGAAUGUAUCGCGUCGGUAGAAUCAUCACGGAGCUCUCGAGUUCUUGUAUGGAGUGCAGGUGCACGGAAAUUGGUGUCCAGUGCAAACAGUUAGAAUGUUGAUCGGAUACCGAUUUCUUCCGUGCAUCAAAUACCGAUUUAACGUCAUCGUAAGAAAACAUCUCGCGAAUAUUCGAGAAUGAGAUAAGACUGUUCUGUCGAAAA